UUGGGUUGGGUUGAGGGUUUGAAAGCCAUUUUACCCUACAGCUCUCUCCAGUCUUCACCUCCGUCUCCGUCUCUCUGCUGUUUGCAGAGAAGAAUACAGAAGCUUCAAGUGUGCUCAAAAGGUCCAAACGCUACUCUCUGCAAUUCUCUCCACUUUGCAAGAAUAUCUUCGUCACCACCGACGACCCUUCUCCCCUCCAAGUUGCCACCAGUGUUGUUCUCACAACUCACGAGCGGCAUACCUGUUUUCUCUCUUGCUCCCUCAGACGCCGUGCAAAACGAGCCAAGGGACUGCAGGACUAGAUGGAUAAUAUUCGGGUAGAAAAAGUGCAGAAAUUUGAGGAAUUUGUUGAUCGCCGCUUGAAGCCAGACCUUGUUCGUGCAAUUGUGGAAAGGGACAAGGUCUUUGAGCAACAAAAAGUUUACUCAGAUCUCAAAAGAAGUAUACAGAAUUUGGAGAAGAAUGGUGUUACUAGCCUCCGAACGUUGGUCAAUCUUGGUUCAGAAGUGUACAUGCAAGCUGAUGUGCUAGAUACACAGCAUAUAUUUGUAGAUAUUGGACUGGGGUUUCGCGUAGAGUUCACUUGGUCUGAAGCCUUGCAAUUUAUAUCAGUAAAGGAAGAAAGAUUAGCCAGGCAGAUAGAGGAGUACACACGCCUAAUUGCUUCCAUCAAAGCCCAAAUCAAGCUGGUCUGUGAAGGUAUCCGAGAACUGCUCCAACUUCCAGCAGAGGGAUCUUACUAAGGUUUCAAUUCAAAGGUUUCCUACCCUGCAAAGAAGAGCCAUUUUUGGUAGUCAUAUCUCCAAACUUUAAUCUUGUAUGUUAUAUACAAAAAAAAAGAGCUCGGUAUUGUAUAUUGUUAAUAACUUGAUCUAAGAGAAGGGAUUUAUGAUUAAUCCCCAAGCUUGGAUGCUAGCUAAUUUUUCACUCGUUUAAGAGACUUGAUUCUACAAUGGAAAUUGUUUUUUGCCCUGUAA